AUGUCGCAGUUCUUCAACUACGGUGCGCAGCACCACACGCAGCACCUCAACGCCCACCAGCACAGCAACAACCACCACGGCGGCCGAUCGCGACGGGCACCCCGUAUCUCGGCCCAGCACCAGCAGAAGCAGUACCGCCAAGUGCGCACCCCCAAGGAGUUCAACGUCGAGCCCCCGACGUCCAUUGCCUUCAAGCGUGACUUCGAGGCCGCCCGGUCCUUUGACAUUGAGGAUGACGAGAUGUUCUGCCCGUUCCACCUGCUGACGGAGGAUGAUCUCCAGUCCAUUCACUCGUCUGGCUCUGACCGCUCCUCGCUGUCCAGCGGCUCACCCGAGCAGUCUCCGCUCCAGCACCAGCUGCAGCCCACGCCCUCUUUUGUUCUGUCGACGGCACCCAACCCAUACACGCCAUCCCACUUCCAGCAGAACAAUGCUUCGCAGACCAAGCUGCACCAGCCACUAGCUCAGCGCACCCGCAAUGCCAUCCCCAUUGUCGACCCCUCGACACGAGCUGUCGCCAGCCCCCCGCCAUCCGUCUCCCCUAACAGGCAGAUGCAGCAGCAGUUCAUGUCGCAGCGACGCUGGUAA